AUGGACCGUCUCAAAACGUCGGCUGUGGGCCAAAAGGUGGUGUCGUACGUGAGCGCGCGGUCGCCCGUAUGGGGCGCGACCUAUCUGCGCCACAGAUCGAAAAUCCUCUGGUCUAUCUACAUGGUGCUUUUUCUGUCCAAUUUUGCUGGAGUGGGCUCCAAGCGCAGCAAGAAAAAGGCCAGGAAGGAGGAGAAGGAGGAGGAGCGCAAGGCCGAGCGCGAGGUGCUGGGCUCGGCCAACGCCAUUCCGGAAAAGAAGGUCAAGAGCGAAAUCAACAGAGAGUUCUUUCUCAAGUUCAAACGGGUCAUCAAGGUCAUGUUUCCGAACGGCCUGCGAUCCAAGGAGUUCUGGCUGCUGUGUCUGCACACCAUGUUUCUCAUCAUGCGGUCCGUCAUCUCUCUGUACGUGGCCAAUCUGGAUGGUAAACUGGUUUCCGAUCUGGUCAGAGGUAAAGGCCGGGCCUUUCUGUGGGGAAUUGUCUGGUGGAUGGUUGUGUCUGUGCCCGCCACCUUCACCAACUCCAUUCUCUCCUACCUCCAGUGCAUUUUGGCGCUGAGAUACAGAAACAACCUGACCCAGCACAUUGUGGGCGAGUAUCUGCCCGAAAGCGGUAACCCCGUCUACUACUCGAUCCAUAAUCUCGACGACCGAAUCAAAAACGCUGACCAGCUCAUCGCCGUUGAUGUUCAACGGCUCUCACACUCCGUUUCCCAUCUCUACUCGAACCUCGCAAAGCCCACGCUCGACAUGUUCCUCUACUCGUGGUCGCUGUCUCGAAACCUUGGAGGAGAAGGCAUGCUUUUGGUAGGUUUCCUGAUCCAGGGCUCCGCCGUCGUCAUGCGAGCGCUCACACCUCCCUUUGGCCGAUACGCCGCCACCGAGGCAGCCCUGGAAGGAGAGUUCCGAUUCGAACACACUCGUCUGAUUGAGUACGCUGAAGAGGUUGCACUUUACAACGGCCAGGAGCACGAGAAGACAAUUCUCGACAAGGGAUACUUUGCGCUGAUUAAACACAAGAACCGAAUUCUCGUCCGACGACUGUACCAUUCGUUCAUGGAGGAUUUUAUCAUCAAGUACUUCUGGGGAGCUCUGGGUCUGGCUCUCUGUUCCAUCCCCAUCUUCUUCAAGGUACCUGGCGUGGACGUUGCUUCUGCCGCAGCCUCUGGCUCCCGAACGGAAAAGUUUGUCACCAACAGACGAAUGCUUCUGUCGUGUUCCGACGCCUUUGGCCGAAUCAUGUUUUCGUAUAAGGAGAUUGCGCAGCUGUCCGGCUACACUGCCCGAGUGGUGGCGUUAAUGGACGUAAUGGAGGAUAUCAAGCAUGGCAACUUUGACAAGAACCAGAUUUCCGGCAAGCAGGUGGACGCCCGGCACGAAAAGACACUGGCUUCUGUCACUGAGUCGUCGCUCGUCAAGACCCGAUACUCCGACCCCUCUGAGGCUUCUGGAAAGACCAUCAUUGGCUCGGACAUCAUCUUUGACCGUGUCCCUGUGGUUUCUCCCUCUGGCGACGUGCUUGUUCCGGAGUUGUCGUUUGAGGUCAAAUAUGGGCGCCAUCUACUCAUCGUGGGACCCAACGGAUGCGGAAAGUCGUCUCUGUUCCGAAUUCUCGGAGGACUGUGGCCCGUCUACGCUGGUACGCUCACUAAACCUCCCUCAUCAGAUAUCUUUUACAUUCCCCAAAGACCUUAUCUCUCUCGAGGUACUCUUCGACAGCAGGUCAUCUACCCCUCUACCGAGGCCGAGAACAAGACUUCCGACAAAGAGCUGGAAGAAAUUCUCAAGAUUGUCAAGAUUGAUCACAUUGUGGAGGCUGUUGGAGGCUGGGAUGCCGAGCGAGAGUGGCGAGAAGACCUGUCCAUGGGCGUACAGCAGCGAAUCGCUAUGGCGCGUCUCUUCUACCACAAGCCGAAGUUUGCCAUUCUCGACGAGUGUACUUCUUCGGUGACCGCCGAUAUGGAGUAUGUCAUGUACACGCAUUCUCAGGAGCUGGGCAUUUCUCUGCUGUCUGUGUCGCAUCGAACUUCGUUGUGGAAGUAUCACGAUCUUAUUCUCCAGUUUGAUGGCCAGGGUGGUUAUCUCUUUGGCGACCUGGACCCCGAAGAGCGACUCAAGGUUGAGGAGGAGAGCCGACAGCUGGAUGCUUACAUUCGAAGCGUUCCUGAUAUGGAAGAACGUCUAGCAAUGCUCAAGGCGUCUGUUGCUCAGUAG